AUGUCCCAGCUUGGACUCUCAUGUGACAGUCGCACCGUUAGCGUCAGACCAAAGGUCGUUCUGUGUUUUUCUGUCCCACUCAUUCCCCUCAAAAUGGCUCUUCGAGACAACGUCCUGCUUUUCCUUUGCAUUUUAAAUCCAUUUGCCAAUGCCCUCUACAAGCAGUGGAUCCCAGACACCAACUUUGAGAACGCAACCAACUGGGAUAAAGGCUCUGUUCCCUGCGGGAAUGACCAAGUGGUGUUUCUAGCUCAGAGGAAAGUAUCAGUGUACGUGGAAACAUCUCACACUCUCACUGGGAUGAGUUUGCCGGUGGAUGGACAGCUGAUCCUGGCGUCUGGUUCUGGGUUUUCCGUGAGAGAAGGAGGAGAUCCCGGAUGUGGAACUGGAGUCACGGCACAGUUUAAAGACCCUGAGUCUCUGAAGUGGUUCGACCCGUCACUAUGGUUAGCCGCGACUUCUAUCGACGACCUGCAUGGAGGAACAUAUCAGUUUUCCGUCCACGAGGAGAGUGUCCCGUGCCAGUUUGACGACGUCAUGUUUCGAGAGGCGACCUCUUUCCGUGUGGACGUUUCAUGUGAUCAUGAUGUGCCGGUGAAAAGCGUGUCUGUUCUUGGGAAGAAGUUCACCAGCAGCUCUGAGUUUUCCCAGUACUUAUCAUCAGAUUUCGGCCGGCUCCAGUUCCACGGAUCCUCACCUGUUCGCAUUAUCGGAUCAAGUUGCGCAGAUAUAACGGGAUGCAUCUGCGAUAACUCUAAGAAUCGAGACGAGAUCUGCGCCAACGUGAAAUGCGAUGCGUUGGAGUGCAAGAAACCCCUGCAACCAGUCGGACAUUGUUGCGAUGUCUGCGGCGCCGUCGUGGACGUUCGCUUCUCUUCGAGCUUCAACUUUGAGUCGUAUCGUAAACGACUCCUGCAUUACUUUCUCAGCCUGCCAAAAUACAAGACUGUAAAGAUGGCCAUGUCGAAAGUUUCAAAGGAGCAAAGCCUGCUAGCGUUGAUUCCUUUCGGAUCCACCCAGGAGAUACAGGUGCUGCUUCUGGAUGGGGAAACGGGUCAAGACGCCGGGAAUCUCGCUGAAAGUCUCGCUCGUGAGAUAGUGAAGGAUGUGCACACCCACGGAUCGAACCUCGGCAUCACCAGUGCAGAUUUCCAGGCGUCAUCGGGAGCGAGUAGCGGUGAAAUUGCGGGAAACAGUGCGCCGGGGGUGGUGGUCGGAGCCGUUCUGGGAUCCCUGAUCGGACUGGGUUUACUUGCAGGCGUUGUUCUCCUCUAUCGGCGUGGCUUUGUUACGAUGCCCAGAAUGCCUAGCAUCCCCUCUUUCAGCAAAUGGAGGAACAGCAGUGACGUUGGGGAGCUUGGUGGCGCAUUAGACCGGGGCUACGACAACCCAAUGUUCGACAAGCCGACAUUGAUGCCAGAAGUACCUGGGCUGUACGGGACAGAAAUGGUGAACUCAGUGACCCUAACCCAGUCGGGAGUGCAUUUCGUAAAUCCUGUUUACGAUGAAACUGAUUUCAAUGCAUGAAUGGUGUGGUUUCAGCAAAUCUGAUUGUGGAUGUAAUGAGAAAAAAAAUACAGAUUCUGAAUAUGACUUAAUUUGCAGACUUGAAUCAGUAACCAAAUGAAAAUGUACCCUAGUGGAAAAAACCAAAACGUAUUUAAAAUACUAAGUACACUACAAAUCCAUUCACAUGUUGACUGAUAUUAUAACUAAACUUUAUUUGGAGCACUUCUUUAUUGAACUUUUCGUAAUAUCAAGCCUAAAAUAUGUUAAAUAUCACCAUUAGUAAGGAUAGUAUGAUAGCUCACAAUCAAUAUACUUAAGUAUAUUUUUAGUUGGACUUCAGCACUAUUUCCGGAUAGUACAAAAAUAUGUAAAUGUAUUUGUAGUAUACUUAGCAUAAAAUAAAUGUAUUUCAAAUAAAUAAAUUUAAAUUCACUCACACUAAAUUUUCUGUACUUUCAUACCACACUAUGACAUUUCUCGUGAUUAAAAAUAAAUAAAUAAAAGCAUGGUUAUUUGACAUUUUUGGCUAUAAUAUUGUGUUAUAUUACUCUUUUAAAUCAGGUUUAGAUAUUGUGUUGGUUUAACUCGAACCUGCAUUCGAAUUAAUGAAUAAAUAAAUAAAUAAAUAAUACGAUGGGCAAUUGCCAGUGUUUAUAUAAAAUAAUUCCAUUUGAAGUUUGUUGCCACAACACUUACCUUCCAAGUAUCAAAGAAAACUCUCCUCAGCAGAAGCCAGUAAACAAACAAGUUAUUAAUAUCAGGUUAAACCUCAGAUUUUGAGGUGAUCUGUCUGUGCUUAUGACAACAUAAUAUUCGCUAUUAUUAUUCCAUUGCAGGCUCUUUAGUUUUGUGUUGGCGUCUAGUCCUUUAGUUGUUUUAUUCCUGGCCCUGGAGAACCACAGUUGCAUAUUUUUAUGUUUUAUGUUAUCUUUCAUAAUUUCAUAAGGCUCUCUUUUAACGAGCUGAUUAUCUGAAUCUGGUCAAAUUGUUAAAGAAAGACAUACAGAUACAACAUGUUCAGAAUAGGAUUAAAAAUACAUUUAAAUCACCAGUACAAAGAUGGUUUUCUAAAGAACCAGAAAGGAAUAAUCUAAAGAUUAUUAUAAAAUGAUACCCUGUUUAGCUCGUAUUAGGAGUGUAGUUCUUAUUGGUGAUGUCUAUAUGUAUUAUAUACUGUAUAUUUAGCAUAAUUAUUAUCCUGUUGGGGUCAUUGAGGUUAUUGCUCAUAACAUUUAACAUAUUACUCAUAAUAAUUUUGUUCGUUUUUACUGUCAUCAUAACAUUUAUAGCCUUUUCAUUUGGGAGGUAUCAUUAAUACUAACCAAAAUGACUAUUUUGCACUUAACACAUUAAUCAAACCUUUACAAACAUUCAGACAAACAAAACCACGCUUCACAAAAAUUGCAAGUUUAUGAAUUUGUUUAAUAGUUACAUACCAGCAAAUGUCAUUAAAAAUAAAGUUGAUGUAAGCGUUAUAAAACAUGGCUGUAAAUGCUGUUAUAAAUAUUGAAGGAAGACAUCAUGUAAUAAUUCAAUCACAUGGAGUUUAACGUGCUGUACUGCAGACCUGUGCAUGAACCAUACAGUUUACUGACAAUAUACUUCAAAAACUGCUGUCGUGAUAAAGCGAAACGACUCGUGUUAAUGAGUUCUGCAAGUUAAAGCUCCGGGAUCAACAAAGGGCUCUCAGUGUAGGCCAACUCAACCAUGCAUCACACAACUCGUCCUCAUCU